GAAUGUUCAACACACCUUUAAACAUACUAAUCCGGACUUGUAUCCGCACCAGCUUCGCAGAGUACAUUCGAAUUUCGGCCCCUAUCUACGUGAUGUUGGGUUCAGGACUGUCUUUUGGAGGUCAGUCAUUCCACGGAGUAUCUUCUGUCUCAAGGUUCGGUGAAGCUUCUCCAUAUCAUCCGAAUGCACCACUGUCCGUGUACCCACGUUCGUUUCUAGAACAUGUUGUUAGCCUGGACAUCGAUCACGAACCUGCUUUUGUUCGAAAUACUGGGAUAAUAUGUACUAUCGGUCCGGCUUGUCGUACCGUCGAGAUGCUACAAAAUAUGAUGACAGCCGGAAUGAAUAUUGCUCGUCUCAACUUCUCUCACGGCAGUCAUGAAUAUCAUGCGGAAACUGUCAAGCUGGUUCGAGAAGCUGCCUCAACUCUAAAACCUUUUCCUCGACCAAUAGGCAUCGCUCUGGAUACCAAGGGUCCCGAAAUUCGCACUGGUCUCAUAAACGGGGUAAGGAUAACGUUGAUUUUAUUUGUGAAACAGCCCUUUAUCUUACAACAGUCCCGAACUUAAUUAGUGCUGCAUUACUACCACUAGGUAUUUAUCUAAUGCUAGCAGUUUCUGCUAAUACCGAAUAUUAUCAAGUUGUGUAGCUACACAUAUAUUCUCAACCGAGUUACCUACAGUUAUUUGGAAAAUGGAUGUGAAUAAUCAAAAUUAUGAUGAGCAAAACAGCUCUGCAUGAAAGUGGGACUGCUGAAGUCACUCUUGAAGUUGGUCAUAAAAUCCGUGUAACCACAGAUCCUGCAUACAUGGAAAAAUGUAAUGAAUCUACUCUAUAUGUGGAUUACCCAAAUAUUGUACAUGUUCUGUCUAAAGGAUCAAAGAUUUUCGUUGACGAUGGUUUGCUAAGCUUAGUGGUUCUGAAUAAAGGUCCUAAUUACCUUGACUGCGAAAUAGAAAACGGUGGGAAGCUUGGGUCUCGUAAAGGAGUCAAUCUCCCAGGAGCCCAUGUCGAUUUACCUGCAGUAUCAGAAAAAGACAAACAAGAUCUUCGUUUUGCAGUUGAGCAUAAUCUUGAUAUGGUGUUCGCCUCUUUCAUUCGGAAUGCUGAUGCUAUACAUGAAAUCCGUCGACUUCUCGGUGAAAAAGGUGCCUACAUAAAAAUCAUUGCUAAAAUUGAAAAUCAUGAAGGUGUCCAACGAUUUAAUGAAAUUCUUGAUGUUGUUGAUGGAAUUAUGGUAGCACGUGGAGAUCUAGGAAUAGAAAUCCCUGCUGAAAAAGUUUUCGUAGCGCAAAAGAUGAUGAUUGGUCGUUGUAAUCAGGUUGGUAAGCCUGUAAUCUGUGCAACACAAAUGCUGGAGUCAAUGACUACUAAGCCUCGUCCAACACGCGCUGAAUCAAGUGACGUUGCUAAUGCAGUACUUGAUGGUGCAGAUUGUGUUAUGCUUUCAGGUGAAACGGCCAAAGGAUUAUAUCCCUUGGAAGCUGUACAAACUAUGCAUCGUAUAUGUUUACAAGCUGAAGCAGCAACGUUUCACGGACAAUUGUUUGAAGAUUUGAAAUCUUCUUUAACUGGUCCAACUGAAAUGGCCCACACUACUGCAAUUGCUGCAGUAGAAGCUGCUAGUCUUUGUAAUGCUGCUGCUAUCAUUGUGAUUACAACUUCUGGUCGUUCAUGCCAUCUGAUCUCCCGUCAUAGACCUCGUUGCCCAAUUCUCACUGUGACACGUCAUGAAGUUACUGCUCGUCAAGGUCACCUUUAUCGUGGUGUCCAUCCUCUGCAUUAUGGCGAACCACGGGCUAGUGAAUGGUAUGAAGAUAUGGACCGUAGAAUUCGUUAUGCUAUUGAUUAUGGUAAAAAGCGCUUAUUUUUCACUCAAGGGCGCUAUGUAAUCAUCGUCACUGGUUGGAAAGCUGGUUCCGGUUCCACAAACACACUUCGUGUUGUCAGACUAGAAGAUGCAGAGACAAAACCAAUAGUUAUGGUGCCAAGUAUUACUGAUUUUGAUGAUUAAAUGGUUUGCUUUGUUAAUGAUGUGAUGAGAUAAUAUAUCUAAAUGACAAUAAUCACCACAAUAUUAUCGAACUUCACUACAAACACUAACGUCAAUUCCUUUAGUCUCAUCUUCAUUGAGUCAUUUUUUGUUCAUUACCUUCUUAAUCACAGAAAUUUUCGUCACUUAUAUUAAUUAGUUGUAACCUUUCAGCUGAAGUUUAUUUGGAUUCAAUGAUAAUUGUUUGAAUAUUUUGUGAAACAUUAAUUAUUAAAUAGAUAUGUACUCGUACCUUAUCUUUUCAUGCUUUGCGUCUGAACAUUUAUGAAAUAACCUUUUGUUCAUUUUCAUCAAAUCAUUGACUAAUCAUUUCCUUGCAUGUGUACGUCAUAGUAAAAUACUUGUACGCAAUAAAUUUUCCAGAU